AUGUUGUUAGCUUUAUUAUUAUUUUCCUCAGUUUUCGAAGCGCUAUGCGACAGUACUGAUGGCGGGAAAGCGCCAAGGAUACUCCUUAAUGAUGGCAACACCAUACCCGUUAUGGGGUUCGGCACGUUUUUAGGUUUUGAUGAGAAAGGACAAAAAGAAGUGAAAGAGAACGAAGUUGAACUUCCAGUGAUGUGGGCUCUUAACUCUGGAUACAGAUUAAUAGACACGGCUGCACUGUAUCACAAUGAGGAACAAAUCGGUAGAAGUGUUCAGAAGUCAUCGGUGCCGAGAGAAAACGUUUUUAUAGUCACCAAGCUUGCUGUAAAUGAACAAAGACAUGUUAUUGACUCUCUACGGGCUUCAUUGGCUCGUCUCAACACGUCAUACGUCGACCUCUAUCUUAUUCAUUUCCCUGUGGCGUUUAAGCCUGACCAUAGCGGCUUCGAUGUUGUGGACUACUUGGACACGUGGGAGGGUAUGGAGGAAGCGAAAAGGCUCGGACUGGCCAAGUCCAUUGGAAUCAGCAACUUUAACAUCAGCCAGAUCGACAGACUCCUUGCCAACUGCGAGAUAAAGCCAGCCGUUUUACAAAUAGAAGUUAACUUAAAUCUGGCGCAAAACGAACUGAUGAAGCGCGCAAAGAAGGAUAACAUAGCUGUAAUGGCAUAUUCGCCAUUUGGGUCUCUAUUCAGCAAAAGCGAUAUCCCGCCGCCUCCAAGGAAGGACCACCCUGUUCUCGUUCAAAUAGCCAACAAGUACGGGAAGACCACGCCGCAAAUAGUUUUGAGAUAUCUUAUUCAGUACGGUGUUAUUCCAAUCCCUAAAUCAGUUCAUAAGGAACGUGUGGAAGAGAACAUCAACGUAUUUGGCUUUGAAUUGACGCCUGACGAGAUGAAGAAACUUGCUGAGUUCAAUAAGGACUACAGAGUCGUGUGGCCAAGCUUCUGGCAGGAUCAUCCAUACUAUCCUUUCGAGAAAAAAGAUGUGUCCGAUCCAGAUCUUUUUAAAUGGGGUGAAAAGACAGAAUAA